AAACAAGGCUUACAAGUCAAGCCACUUCUUUGAGUCUGUGAAUUCGUGAAUCUAAUCAAAGAGCAGAAAUGUCAAAAUCUUCAUCCACGAAAUUGUUCAUCAGAUUUCUCCACCACCGCGUUACCUCAAAUCAAACGCAUGCCGGAAAUCCAGUUGCCGGUGGUGGAAUCUCACAGCUUCUCUCUCAUCAUCCAAGCCCAAGUCCACUUCCAUGGCAUCCCAGAACCGAUUUCUCAUCAUCAUCGACGCCAAUCUCAAGAUUUCUCCAAAACCCAUCAGGAAUAUCGAAGAUCCUGCAGAUACCAACGAGAAGAUUGGUCCCAAACGGUACUCCAUUUCCAGAAAGGAAUUUUUUAGGUUUUAGGCAUUUCUGUUUGAAGAGUUCAGAGAUGGGUGGUCGGAACUUUGCUAAGAAGAUGGUGAAAAAUCCGAAGGCGGCAGUAAAAGAUACUGUCUCGAGGUAUAAGGAAGCGGUUGGGCUGCAAAUUGAGGCUUUUUGGAGGAGGAACAAUUUAGUGAUUCUAGGUGCUGGUGGUCUUAUGGUUUGCAUUCUUCUAUGGAAAUUACUGUUUGGGAUUGCCAGUACUUUUAUUGGAUUAUCUGAAGGCUUGGCCAAGUAUGGGUUCCUUGCCCUCUCCACUGCUAUUGUCGCAUUUACUGGGUUAUAUUUUCGUUCAAGGUUCACAAUCAACCCAGACAAAGUUUAUAGAAUGGCCAUGAGAAGACUGAAUACAAAUGCUGGAAUUUUGGAGGUAAUGGGUGCUCCACUCACAGGAACAGAUGUGAGAGCGUACGUGAUGUCUGGAGGAGGGUUAACGCUUAAGAAGUUCAACCCCGGUUUAAGGGGCAAGCGUUGUUUUCUUAUUUUCCCAAUACGAGGCUCUGAGAGAAAAGGCCUUGUAAGCGUUGAAGUCAAGAACAAAAAGGGCGAGUACGAUAUGAAAUUGCUGGCGGUUGACAUCCCAAUGUCGUCUGGACCAGACCAACGUUUAUUCCUUAUUGGGGACGAGGAAGAGUACAGAAUUGGUGGGGGGUUGAUAGGAGAGCUUCGGGAUCCUGUUCUGAAAGCAUUGAACGCGGUUAAAGAGUUUGAAGAUCGCGAUGAAAUGGAGGAUAAAGAAGAUGCAGCUAGGGAGCUUCGAGAGGCUGAACAAAGGCACCUUGAAGAAAUUGAAAAGCUCGAUAAAAGUGGUAGUAGUAAUAGCAGUAGUAGUUCAUAACCGCUUAAAAUUCAUAAGAAGACACUUAACUUACUUACCAAACACAUAUUGCAAUAGUUUUUUCUUCUUUUUCUUCGGCCGGAGUCAUCAAAGUAACCGGGCUUAAGGGCGGUUGCAAUGUAAGAGUGAAUGUCAGCUGAUUCAGGGAAAAUGUCUUUCAUAACCUCUGAUUUUGUUGUGCUUUUGAUUUUAUGGUUGUUUGUAGAGCAAAAUAAGGAUAAGUGCAACAUUUUGCAAUGGGCAUAUUGGAGAUUAUGUUAUGUCCAUAUUCAAGCAUAUGUCAGUGUUUUGAGAUACUCUC